AUGUGGUCUGCCGAAAGGAGCAAUCUUUUGAGAAUGCCGAUAGAAGCGAAAACUAAUAGUUUAAAGAUCCCAUUACGUGCGUGUAAGCGUUUCCGAUGCGCGCGCAUCACAUCGCGCGGGCCGAUGCGGGACAGGUCUUAUUCCUCUCAGUCGCAUUUCAAUUCAAAAUUGGAAACGAUCAAAAGUGUCAGCGCGCCUCCCGCCGGAGCUCGUCAAUUCCGAAGCGGCGGCGGUGCGAUCGGACGCGUUGAUUCGGUAGUUGAUUGUUCGCUACUGAUAGCGUACACUUUCGCCGUAGAUAAAUCG